AUGGGAACAACCACCCCUGUCCUUCAUCCUGACAUCAGGAGGGGUAAUCAGGACCAAUUUGGGAUCAUCAAGUUAAAACAAAUUUCACAGAGAAUAGACUUCAUAAAUAGGGUUUACCUGAGAACACCAACAAAGAUUGCAAUCACUGAUCAUGAAAAGAAACGUACAAUUGUCAUUCGGAAAGAUGGCCUUCCUGAUGCUGGGGUUUGGAAUCCAUGGGAUAAGAAGGCGAAGGCUAUGCCUGAUUUUGGAGAUGAUGAAUACAAGCAUAUGCUUUGUGUGGAGGCUGCAACAGUGGAAUACCCAAUUACAUUGAAACUUGGAGAGGAAUGGAAACGGAGGCAACAACUUUUGGUUGUUACUUCAAGCUAUUGCAGUGGGAAGCUUGAUCCCCACAUAGUUUGUUAA